AUGGCAAAAUUCUCCACCUUGCUUAUGAUAGCUCUUCUCCUUUGCUCCACGCUAAUGUGCACCGCUCGUCCUGACCAGACCUUUUCUGCAUCUAUCACGAUUGUUCCGGCCGACCCAUGUAACCUGGAGAAGAAGAUAGAUGGAAAAGUGGAUGAUGUGUCGGAAGAGAAUUGUGGUGCCGACGAUGAAGACUGCUUAAUGAGGAGCUUUGUCACGGAAGAUGAACUCGAGGGAACCUACACCGUAUCCCUCACCGAGAAGGACUUCAAAACCACCGAGGUGGAGGAGGUCGACGGCAACGAGGUCGAAGUGGACGAGGCUUUGGAGAACCUAAACGUUGUCAUGGCAACAAUGAUGAAGGAUUACGGGCCGCCAGUGGUAGCUGCGCCGACGCCGACGUCUGUCGAAGUUUCAGUCCCAGCUGGACAAGCUCAACAGAGAGGCUGGAACCUCCGGCUGGCGACGGCAUAA